AUGGACUCUUCUUCGAAGAAGUCCAAACAAAGGAGUGAGAGACCUUCAUCUCCUGAAGACCUCAACCCUCCCACCAUCAUGAAGGAGCGCAGGCGAAAGGGUGAGAGCUUUUUGUCUUGUGCAGAAAACAAGCCCUCUACCACCAGGCAGCACGUACGAAGGUUUGAGAGCCCUUCCUCUUCAUCUUCUGAAGACAAGCAGCCUUCUACUCCAAGGCGGAAGCAAGCAUGGAUAGGUGAGAGCCCUUCGUCUUCCUCUUCUGAAGAUGAUGAGCCCUCUACCACCAGGCAACGAGUACGAAGGUUUGAGAGCCCUUUCUCUUCAUCCUCUGAAGACAAGCAGCCUUCUACUCCAAGGCGGAAGCAAGCAUGGAUAGGUGAGAGCCCUUCGUCUUCCUCUUCUGAAGAUGACCAGCCUUCUUCCACCAGGCAGCGAGUACAAAGGUUUAAGAGCCCUUUCUCUUCAUCCUCUGAAGACAAGCAGCCUUCUACUCCAAGGCGGAAGCAAGCAUGGAUAGGUGAGAGCCCUUCGUCUUCCUCUUCUGAAGAUGAUGAGCCCUCUACCACCAGGCAACGAGUACGAAGGUUUGAGAACCCUUCGUCAUCAUCUUCUGAAGACGACCAGCGUUCUACCACCAGGCAGCAAGAACGAAAGGAUGUGAGCUCUUUGUUCUUCGUAGGCACCAACAUGAAGGAGCGCAGGCGAACGGUUGAGAGCCCUUCGUCUUGUGCAGAAAACAGAGGACGAGAAAUCAUCAAGAAAAUGUUUAGAUCCAUUUUUGGACUAAAAUGCUUUGCAAGACCUCGGUCUUCAGGAGAUAUGGACUCUUCUUCGAAGAAGUCCAAACGAAGGAGUGAGAGACCUUCAUCUCCUGAAGACCUCAACCCUCCCACCAUCUUGAGGGAGCACAGACGAAAGGGUGAGAGCCCUUUGUCUUGUGCAGAAAACCAGCCCUCUACCACCAGGCAGCGAGUACAAUGGGCUGAGAGCCCUUCCUCUUCAUCCUCUGAAGACCAGCAGCCUUCUACUCCAAGACGGAAGCAAGCAUGGAUAGGUGAGAGCCCUUCGUCUUCCUCUUCUGAAGAUGAUGAGCCCUCUACCACCAGGCAACGAGUACGAAGGUUUGAGAGCCCUUCCUCUUCAUCCUCUGAAGACAAGCAGCCUUCUACUCCAAGGCGGAAGCAAGCAUGGAUAGGUGAGAGCCCUUCGUCUUCCUCUUCUGAAGAUGAUGAGCCCUCUACCACCAGGCAACGAGUACGAAGGUUUGAGAGCCCUUUCUCUUCAUCCUCUGAAGACAAGCGGCCUUCUACUCCAAGGCGGAAGCAAGCAUGGAUAGGUGAGAGCCCUUCGUCUUCCUCUUCUGAAGACGACCAGCGUUCUACCACCAGGCAGCAAGAACGAAAGGAUGUGAGCUCUUUGUUCUUCGUAGGCACCAACAUGAAGGAGCGCAGGCGAAAGGGUGAGAGCCCUUUGUCUUGUGCAGAAAACCAGCCCUCUACCACCAGGCAGCGAGUACGAUGGGCUGAGAGCCCUUCCUCUUCAUCCUCUGAAGACCAGCAGCCUUCUACUCCAAGACGGAAGCAAGCAUGGAUAGGUGAGAGCCCUUCGUCUUCCUCUUCUGAAGAUGAUGAGCCCUCUACCACCAGGCAGCGAGUACGAAGGUUUGAGAGCCCUUCCUCUUCAUCCUCUGAAGACAAGCAGCCUUCUACUUCAAGACGGAAGCAAGCAUGGAUAUGUGAGAGCCCUUCGUCUUCCUCUUCUGAAGAUGAUGAGCCCUCUACCACCAGGCAGCGAGUACGAAGGUUUGAGAGCCCUUCCUCUUCAUCCUCUGAAGACAAGCAGCCUUCUACUCCAAGGCGGAAGCAAGCAUGGAUAGGUGAGAGCCCUUCGUCUUCCUCUUCUGAAGAUGAGCCCUCUACCCCCAGGCAGCGAGUACGAAGGUUUGAGAGCCCUUCGUCAUCAUCUUCUGAAGACGACCAGCGUUCUACCACCAGGCAGCAAGAACGAAAGGAUGUGAGCUCUUUGUUCUUCGUAGGCACCAACAUGAAGGAGCGCAGGCAAAAGGAAAACACGCCCUCUACCACCAGGCAGCAAGAACAAAGGGCUGAGAGCCCGUCCUCUUCCUUUUCUGAAGAUGACCAGCGUUCAACCACCAGGAGGCAGCAACAACAAAGUCCUUUGUCCUUUGUAGACAUCAACCUUUCUACCACCUUUAGGCAGAAUGGAGGAAUUGGUGAGAGCCAUUUGCCCUGCAUUGACUCAUUGAUUGAGAGAGAGUUCUUUGAAAGAGAAAAGCAGCGUUUGGAGGAGGGUUUAAAAAGAGAAAGAGAGAGGUGUAAAAAGAUGAAGAGAAAGAACCAGGAGAAGGAGAGGAAAACAUUUGGUCUGCGUUCAAGAUUGUACACUUGGUGGCACCUUAACACGGUAGACUACACUACCACGGACAUCCAAGUGAUCUCUCGGUAUCUGAGCUACCUCCUGCGUUGUGGUCCCGAGAGAAAGCUGGAUGCAGAUAAAUGGGCUAACAUAAGGAGGAUGCUGAUCAUGUUCAAACGCAGUGAAGAAUUUAAGGUGGCGAUGGAAGUGAGUAAGCGAAGACUGAAGGUAGAGAGGAAGAAAAUAAAUGUAAAGAAGAUGGAGAAUAUCCCUGUGUUAUGCAGCAACUCAGAAAGCCCAGAUAUGUUAAAUCUUCCCUAA